GCGGCCCCAGGCGCUCUGAGGAGCCCGAAAGAGGCCGACAGCAGCCAGCGCGAGCGUAACCCGUACGGAACGCAAACGUUUGAGGAAGUUUGUCCCCUUCCGCGCGCCGUGCAGCCCGGAGAGGGAGCGCGCGGACAUGGGCGAGACCAUGUCUAAGAGGUUGAAGCUGCACCUGGGCGGGGAAGCCGACAUGGAGGAGCGGGCGUUCUCCAACCCUUUCCCGGACUACGACCACCAACUGGCAAAACCUAGAUGCUCCUGUACCGAACGGAACAAAGACAAAUAUGAGAAAGCAGCUACGAAACAGUAUAUAAUCAUUCAAAAUUUCAGUAGGAGGAUCCAGACCAAAAUCAAAGAUCUUCUGCAGCAAAUGGAAGAAGGGCUGAAGACAGCUGAUCCUCAUGAUUGCUCUGCUUAUACUGGUUGGACAGGCAUAGCCCUCUUGUACCUGCAGCUAUACCGGGUCACUGGUGACCAGACUCACCUACUCCGAUCCCUGGAUUAUGUCAAGAGAACACUUCGGAACCUGAAUGGCCGCAGGGUCACUUUCCUCUGUGGAGAUGCUGGGCCUCUCGCUGUGGGAGCUGUGAUAUAUCAUAAACUCAGGAGUGACUGCGAGUCCCAGGAAUGCAUCACAAAACUUUUGCAGUUGCAUAAAACCAUCGUCUGCCAGGAGUCUGAGCUCCCUGAUGAGUUGCUGUAUGGACGGGCAGGGUAUCUGUAUGCCUUACUGUACCUGAACAUGGAGAUCGGCCCAGGCACCGUGAGCGAAUCUGCUAUUAAAGAGGUAGUCAAUUCUAUUAUUGAAUCGGGCAAGACUUUGUCAAGGGAAGAAAGAAAAGCCGAGCGCUGUCCCUUGUUGUAUCAGUGGCACAGGAAGCAGUAUGUUGGAGCGGCCCACGGCAUGGCUGGAAUCUACUACAUGCUAAUGCAGCCAGCAGCAAAAGUGGACCAAGAAACCUUGACAGAAAUGGUGAAGCCUAGUAUCGAUUAUGUGCGCCACAAAAAAUUCCGAUCUGGGAAUUAUCCAUCCUCAUUGAGCAAUGAAACAGAUCGCUUGGUACACUGGUGCCACGGCGCCCCUGGAGUCAUCCACAUGCUCAUGCAGGCCUACAAGGUUUUUAAGGAGGAGAAGUACUUAAAAGAGGCCAUGGAGUGCAGCGAUGUGAUUUGGCAGCGAGGUCUGCUCCGGAAAGGCUAUGGCGUCUGCCAUGGCACUGCUGGGAACGGCUACUCUUUCCUGUCCCUUUACCACCUCACACAGGACAGGAAGUACCUCUACCGAGCCUGCAAGUUUGCAGAGUGGUGUCUGGACUAUGGAGCACAUGGGUGCCGCAUCCCUGACAGGCCCUAUUCCCUCUUUGAAGGCAUGGCUGGCGCUAUUCACUUUCUCUCUGAUGUCCUCGUUCCAGAGACAUCACAGUUUCCAGCAUUUGAACUUGGCUCUUCCCAGAGGGAUUAAAAAGGUGCAAAAAGACAACUAAAAAUACCCAUUGGACCGGACCUAAAGCUUCCAGAUUGACCAGUGCCUGACACACAGCUGUGAAUCCUGAAAGAAGAAAAGCAGAUACCUUCCCAGGCCCUUGUUGUUGCAGAGACCCUAAGUUAGAGCAUGAGUGACAGAAGCCAUCCAUCAGCAUUCGUGACAGUGUUGCCCUCCGUGUGUGAAAUUGAGUUCUUCACAUCCAGUUUCUUCAUGUUUGCAUGUUCCCUGGUGUUGUCUACAGGUGUGAGUUCACAUGUGCACAGAGCCAGGUGUGCAUGGGUUCCAUUGGCGGCCACAUUUCUGUCUAAAUAUACUAUGUAUAUAAUGCCUAAGGGUGUCAUCUCUGGAGAGGGCAGGAACUGUCAGGAUGCAUCUCUUAUAUAUUAGGAAGGUCAUCCAGGGCGGCAUUCUAGUGAGAAGGUCUUGGUGUUUUCCAUAGGUACCUUUCUAAAAAACAUAAAGAAAAGACCACUCUAAACCCUGAGAAGGAAUAAUAGAGAAGAGAGCAUCUGCUGGAACAUUUGGGGAGAGCAUGGUUAGGGCCACCCCUCUCCAUGUUUUGGGCUGGCCUUGAUGUCUCCUGAAGUGUGAGAGGUCAACGGGACUCCAUCAGGACUCCUGUUUUUCUCCACCCUUACAUGAAGUUCAAGUUACAAGAGGUCCAAGGCAGCCCUGGGCUUCAUAAUGCCAUGUGUAACGUUUACUGACCACACGGUGAAUAGCAGUGACUAAACAUUGAUAAUUCUUGAACACUCACCCCCAGGUAUAUAUUGUUAUAAUAGAUCCCAUCUCAAUUUUACCAUAUUAUACCAUAUUAUAUUUUACCAUAGUGUCAGUUAUUAUUAUGUUUUUUUAUAAGAACAGUGGAUAGAUUGCAAAUGGAUGAUAGGGUGCUAAAAGUUUGAAAUAAACUUAGUUGUAAGGACAUAGAUCUAGUUGAGAAUUGUCCUAAGUAUACAUUUGGAAUGAAUACAUUCCUUAUUUUUUGUCUACUUUGGGGGAAUAAAAUCAAAAGCACUAGUCUGCAUUUGUACAUAUGAGGACCAACAUUCAUGUUCUAUCCGAGAAAACUGCAGUUUUCUCUGGGUGACAUUUUCCUAAAGGGAUAUUGACUUGGAGUAGCACCCUUAGGAAUUGACAUGAAGAAUUCCAUUUCUAGAGCGGUUUUUAUUAUCAGUACUGAAGUGGCCUAGUACUUUCUAAGAACCUCCUUGUGCAAGGCAAGGUAUGCAUCGCAGAAGACAGGACUUGGGACAGCCCGGUCCUUGUGUACGGGGGCGUGUAAGGGUCUGUCGGCCUGGUUUCCAGUCCAUUUGUAAAGAGAAAAGAAUGUCCAUUUAGAAGACCAGUCAUCUGCAUGCUCGUGCAGCUUCUGGGUGUUGCUGAAUCCUACGUGUGACCUUCAGUUUCUGAGGGAUGCACUUGAGCCUCCUCCUUGCAGACAGCCCUGCUUCUAAGUCAGUUAGUUUCUUCCAUAUUAGAGUGGUGCCUCAACCCUCAAGACUAAGCUUUAAGUGACUUCCUGCCUACUCAUGGCUUUUCAGGGCAGUCCAGCAGCACAGUUCCCACCUUCCCGCCCAUGUCAUUGAAGAAUGACAAAGAGCUUGCUAAGGAGGCCCUGCUACCUCCUUGCUGCAGGAGUGGAAAGGAGCUCAUCAAACCCCUGGGCUCUGGGUACAGCCCUGCCCUGCAAGAGGGAGGCUGCUGGGGAUGCCACUUCAGCCCAGGGCACUCACUGCUGUGCAUAUGUGAAAAUGACCUGCUCAACUUUCUGACCAGCAUGCUGACGAGAGAGAAAUACCUGUGGAACACAUGGAGCAGAUUUUACUUUCAGGGUUUUAAAGCCUGCUGGGUUGACACCUUGCUCCUUAUCCAC